GAAAGACCCUUGAAAGGUAUGUUGCUGCAUAUCUUCCAAAUCUGGUUCACUUGUCCGACGACUAUGCUUUUUACUUUGGAGUAAGCAGAGAACACGACUGGCAUGCGUUAAACUCUCAUUGUUUCUAGGUCAAAUGAUUAGUUCUGUGAGAAGACAGCAUGACGCUUUGAGUAUGACAGAAGCCCUGAUGCUGCAGAAGAGGCUGGGAAUAUUAAUGGCCAAAUCUAGAGAUCACAUGGUCCUCUAAAGAAGUCAUGGGUAGCUGUUGUAGCUGUCCAGAUAAAGAAACUGUCCCAGAUAACCAUCGAAACAAGUUUAAGGUUAUUAACGUGGAUGAUGAUGGUAAUGAACUGGGUUCUGGCAUAAUGGAACUUACAGAUACAGAACUAAUUUUGUACACCCGUAAAAGGGACUCUGUAAAAUGGCACUACCUCUGUCUCCGUCGCUAUGGCUAUGACUCGAAUCUCUUCUCUUUUGAAAGCGGCCGAAGGUGUCAAACUGGACAAGGAAUCUUUGCCUUUAAAUGUGCCCGUGCAGAAGAGCUAUUUAAUAUGUUGCAAGAGAUAAUGCAGAAUAAUAGCAUAAAUGUGGUAGAAGAACCAGUAGUAGAAAGGAAUAAUCAUCAAACUGAGUUGGAAGCUCCAAGAACCCCUCGAACACCUACCACUCCUGGGUUCAAUGCACAAAGUUUACCCAAUGGCUAUCCCAGAUAUCCAUCUUUUGGAGAUGCUUCAUCACAUCCUUCCAGCAGACAUCCAUCUGUCGGAAGUGCACGCCUCCCCUCUGUCGGUGAAGAAUCAACACAUCCUUUACUUGUACCAGAGGAGCAAGUGCACACUUACGUCAACACUACUGGGGUACAAGAGGAAAGAAAAAAUCGAUCAAGUGUGCAUGCGCCAUUGGAAUCAAAACUUUCAAACACUGAAACAACUAAAGUGAAAGAAGAUCAGACGUGUACUGAUGACAGAGAUGCUCAGGUUCUCCUGGAGCCUGAGGGAGUUAAGUUUGUUUUAGGACCAACACCUGUUCAAAGGCAGUUAAUGGAAAGAGAGAAACUGGAGCAACUUGGGAGAGACCAAGUUAGCGGCAGCAGCACAAACAACACUGAAUGGGACACUGGGUACGACAGUGAUGAACGCAGAGAAACACCAUCUGGUAAUAAAUUUGUGUAUGAAAAUAUAAAUAGGUUAUCAAUCCCUAGUGCCUCAGGGGUCAGGAGAGGUCGUUUGACAUCAACCAGCACCUCAGACACCCAGAACAUUAACAACUCUGCUCAGAGGAGAACUGCGCUGUUGAACUAUGAGAACUUGCCAUCCUUGCCUCCUGUUUGGGAAGCCCGCAAGCUGAGUAGAGAUGAAGAUGAAAGUUUAGGACCAAAGACCCCAUCUCUGAAUGGCUACCACAAUAACCUAGAUCCAAUGCAUAAUUAUGUCAAUACAGAGAAUGUAACAGUACCAGCAAGUGCUCAUAAAGUAGAAUUUACACGACGUCGGGACUGUACCCCAACAGUCUUUAACUUUGACAUUAGGCGUCCGAGUUUAGAACACAGGCAGCUCAACUAUAUACAGGUUGACUUGGAAGGUGGUAGUGACUCCGACAACCCUCAGACUCCAAAAACCCCCACCACUCCACUUCCGCAAACUCCAACCAGGCGCACAGAGCUGUAUGCUGUGAUAGACAUUGAAAGAACUGCUGCUAUGUCAAGCUUGCAAAAAGCACUGCCCCGAGAUGAUGGUACUUCUAGGAAAACUAGACAUAAUAGUACUGACCUGCCUAUGUGAGCCUGGGAAGCAUUAAAUCAUUUGCACCUUUUGUGAAGUUUAUAAAAUUGAAGAUGCAAGUACUUUGCAUUUCUUAACACUAACGCCUUUUAUAGACUAAUAGAACUUUUUUCUGCAUACUUCAUGUACUUGUCUAACUAAAGGGAAUUAAUGUAGAGCAAGUAUUCAUUUAGGUAACACUAUUGCAUUCUACAGUAGUAGUAAUUACUGCAUAGCAGCAUCACCACCUUUCACAGUGCCUCUUUAAAUUGAUUAGAGUCUGAGUGACAUGCCAGUUUUGAAUUUAUAAAUAUUCUGGUCUGGUGCCUAUACUUGUUAAUGGCAUUUAUAACACUUUUUAAAGCCUCUUGAUAUGUGCAUUAUUAGCAGGUAAACCUAAUCUUUCAAGAUACAUAUCUUACGUUCAUUCCUUGUUAAAGUGGCUCCUCCAGAAUGAAACGUAUGUAAUGCAUUAAUUCACUCAGUUUGACAUACACAAGAUAUAUUGGUUCAUCUCAAGGGAUAUAAACACCACGCCUUUUUUGUCUGUUUUUUGGUUGUGGUUUUUUUUUUUAAGACCACAUGUGCAAGAAAGCCUCUAAUUCCCAGUAAUUUUCUUAACUUGUGAUAUUGGGAGGUCAUGUCGAAGUUCAUUGAUCAGAGCUAUAAACGCAUCUAAACCCAGCCUUAAGCUCCUUCUGCUGGAAGAGAAUUGAGUGAUGUAUCAAAUUUCCUGUGAAAUUGGACAGAAUUUUAAUCUCAGUGGAGUUCUGGUUUGUUUUUUUUUUUUUGUGAAGGAAUUCACAGGUUGGCUGUAUGAAUUAAGGUUCUCUUGUCAUUUCUUAGUUCAAUGUGCCUUCCUUUCUUUACAUUUGUCUGUUUCUUUAUCUGUUCCACAAUGUCUUGUUUUAAAAGUCAAAAUUUUGUACCAUAGCUUUAAUUAUUGUUCAGGUUCAUUUAUGUGUUUGUCUUACUCUCUACAUUUGACAAAGAAAAUCUCUUGAAGGUCAAAUGGUUGUCUUUGUCCAGUGUUCUACUUUUUUAAUGCCUGACAGAAAUAUCCCAGCUCUCCAGCAGCAUGCGUUAUUGCACAACUGGAAAGGUUUAUUAUGCAGUUAUAGUCUUCCUAUAAAGCAUCAGACACAGGUUACACGGGAGGCAGGGUACUGGACGGACUUAGUUCUUUAUAGAAAAUUGCAAAUUCUAGCAAUGUGCAUCCAUAGUUGAUAGUAUACUUUAAUUUAGAAAGAGAUGUAGUAAAUUAUCUGACAGUAGUAUUAUCUACGAGCGUACUUCUUUUCCUUUUGCAGUCGGUGAACUUGGUUACAAUGAUGGCUGCUCAGUGUUACAGGUACAUCCAGGUAGAAUGUUAUUUGUUGAAUAUGCCAGAUGCACCCUUAGCAGAAGUUUUGGGGUUUUGUUUUGUUUUUAAUACUCUGAAUAAUUUUAGAAUUCUGGCAGUAUUGCAGGUGCACCUUGGUACUAGCAGCAGAAGAGAUUACUCUUGAGCCUGUGAUAGCAAAUGAACUUACUCUUGUGUGAACUGGUGUGAUGUAAAAUAACCCUUGAACUGUGAGUGAGGAAAAACAUACAAGAAAAGCCAUUUGGAGAUCUGAAAAAGAAUUCAUGAUCUUCAUGCAAUAUUUGAAUUGAAGUUUUAUAAAAAACAAACUACAUGUAUUUUCAGUUACAUUGGAGUGUAUUCCUGUUCCUUUGUUAACUUUUUCUUUGGUCUUCUCUCAGUUUAGUAGUGGCAGCAGUAGAAGCACCUGACAUACGUGUGUCUUGCCACACCAUUAAGGGAUAUCAGGCAACCUUUUCACUCUCUAAUGCUUCUUUACAGACUGUAUUGUACUGAAAUACCAGAUGCACAAAGAACGUAAUUUGCAGAAGUAAAAGAUGGGAGUCCUUGAGACCAUUAGGAGGAACUUAAAAGAGAUUUAAAAAAAAAAAAGCUCAUUAAUGAUUUCACAGUCAACCUAUGCAUACUCUUGUGAUAGACUCGUUGACUUGUGGGGAGACCUUGGUACUUAGAAGGUAAUGACUACCUAGAGCUAGACAUUUUACAGGUCUGCAGUGUUAAUUUGGCACAUCUUUGCCAUUGCCUCACCUUAUGCUAUGGACAGUCUUGGUCUGUGCUGAAGAGAAAUUACCAGGUAUUGUGAAAUACUUAUUGGGUUAAUGAUACCAGUGCGAUUCUUGUUCUUGGCUUGUAGCUCACUUAAAUUUGUGAGCCGAACUAAAGCUUCAGCAUGUGUUUUGAGGCAAAUGUGUUUGAUCUAGCUGGCUGCCUAGAAAUAUUUGGUCCUCAUCUGUAUAGCAUGGGUCUUUCAGAAAUACUAAUGAAUGGAACCCUUAAAGCAUACCUUAUGAGGCCGGCAAGUAAUAGUCUUAAUUGACAAAUAGGGGAACAAAGGCUUCAGGUAGAUCCCAAGUGACCUGCUGAAAUUACAAUAACCAACCCUAUCCCUCCUUAGUUCCGGUGCACUGUCCUAUGCGUUUAUCCUGAAUAGUCUCAGAUACAAGGGAUGGUCUGAGUAACUUUUUUUAAAUGUUGUUACAAGCUUCACAAUACUUCAUAGCUCUGGUCCCCAGAAUUGAGAACAUACUGAAAUUUCAACUUUCUGUAGUCCUAAUUAUAUUAACAAGUCUGACAAUAUAUUAUCCAGGACUAUUUUUUUACCCUGUUAUAUUUUACAGGUGGGAUAAUGCUUUGUCGUUUCAUGUACGCUGCAAACAUACUGGGUAGCCCCUGUUACCCGUGCUACUCAUCUUUAGCAUUCCUUAUUUUCUGCCCUUUGAAGUAGACGUAGUUGCAAUGCACUUUACCCUUGAGACUUCGUAAAUAUUUUUUUUUCAAUUCAGUCUCUUUAAAGACUGUGAUGUUAGGUUUAGUGUCUGUAAUCUAGGAUUCAGUUUUCAGUUGCAGUCUCUCCACAGUAUUUAGAUCAUAUUUAUUUUGGGCCCACGGGUGUAUAGACUGAGAAACUACAAAUAUGUAACCAUUUUCUUUAGUAAUGGAGACAUGUUAAGUUUAUGGAAAAUAGGUCCUGCAAAAAUGGCAGCAUCUCCAUCGGUUCUACUUUUCAUCCAUAACAUGCAGUUGACUGCUACCCUUCAAGCCAAUUUGACAAGGGAAAGCCUUUAACUGUAGGUAUUCCUUUAAUGCAAUGAUUAGGGAAAAACAUACACUAAUGUAUCCUUUAAAUAAGGAAACUGUGUUGAUAAAACAGAUGAAACAGCGACCAAAAGUACAUAAUAAAAAUUGUACUAGAAGUACAGUUAGCAAGGAUUUAAUCUGUUGGUUAUACCAGGAUUUUUUUUUUUCUCAAAUUGAUGUCAAGGGGAAGACCAUUUAUUUUUUUUUUUAGUUUUGUGGUAUUUCUUGGUGACUCCGUACAACAUGAGAAAGCCUGUUCUGAAAAUCUUAACUCUCAUUAGAACAUUUUUUUGUUUCCCCUUAUAAGUACAUUUUGCAUAUGACGGGGGUUGAAUGUGAUGGGGUGUGUUGAAGCACGAUUCUGUUCCUAUUAAAGUCUACAGAACUUUUAUAAGAAUCUUAAAUGUUCAAAUAGACAUUUCAUACCAUAAACUGCUUAAUUCUCCCCAUGCCCAUGUUUGGAUAUUUGUGUGCCUGUUUACAGCUCUGACUAGGGCUUGGGUGUCAAAAGAAAGUUGUCAGCUGUACAAAGUCCAAAUCGGUGUGAAAACAGGGCCACUCUUUCACCAGUCACAGACCAGCAGUUGAUUUUACUGGUUUUAUAACAGCAUGUAUUGGCUCAAAAUCUGGCUAUCCUUGGUUUUAUUUUAUAUUUAACCACUUCUUAAUGAAACAGAGUCAGGCGAGAGCAGAAUGUCUUUUUUUCACUGUUGGUGAAGUAAAAAUGCAAGUUCUGAUUAAUAUCAGUUACUACUUUGAACAUAUAAUGAUGUAUCUGAUUUGGACCUCUAUUUCUAAGCAGUAUUCUCCUCUUCGUGUAAGGUGGGAUCAAUGGUGAAAUUCCAUUUCUGCACUGUACUAAUUUAUUUAAUGGAUGCAAAUAAGAUGAAACUGAUUUAGCAGGAGCUAAUAGUGGACUUAAAUCUUUGAAAUUCUCCUAUUUCCCCUAAAGAAGUUUGGUUCCUCAGUUUGAUAGAUAGCAUUAGGUAUUUUUUGGAAUUUUAUUAUAAGAUCUUUCCCAUCUUUUCCUUGAGGUAGCAAUUCAGGCAUUUGUAUUUGACAGUAUUUACUUAAUAUAAACAUAAGUUCAUUUAUGAUAUCUUUAUUUUAAAUUCAUAUACACUCCAAAAAAAAAAAAUCCAGAAGAAAUUCCACUACAAAAAACUGCGUUAAGAUGGAGUCAAGGUUGCUGAUGUCCUUCUUACAGAGCAUAUAUGAAAAAGACAAGAAGUAAUGAGUUAAGGUUCUUUAGCAAUCUGUAGGAAUUGCUUCCUCUUUUCGACAAGAUACAUGAAUAAGUAAAAAAAAAAAAAAAAUAUCAACUUAGCAGCUGCAACUCUGACCAUGUGUACAUUAUUUCUUCUGAUACUGUGCUGUAAGGGAUGUGACCGAGUCUGUCAGAUGCCUUAUGAGGAUAUUACCCGAACACGGUGUUUACUCCACAUUAACGCAGUAUUUUGUUUGGAAAUAUGUAGGUGCACAGACGGAAAUAGACUAUGAGAGAUAAAGUUACCUUUAAAGUUGAUGAAACAAGUGUUGGACAUUUCUAUAUUUUUAUAUAUUACAAAGGGCAUUUUGAAAUUUUUCUUGCAGUUUUAGUAAUUAUUUAGUGUGGUAAUAUGCAUAUAUGUGUCAAUGUUUUCUGCUAUAUCCAUUACUUUGGUGUAAUUCUGUUUUAUGUAGCAAAUAUGUGUAUAUACAAAGGAGAUUAUGUAAAAAAAUAUGACUAAAAAAUAGGCUUGAGCCCUUCAGAACAGGGACCGUCUUCCUCUGUGUCUGCAAAGUACUUAAUGCCUUGGGGGUCCCAGCCACAGCUCAUGGCUGAGACCCCAUGGUGACCGAAUUGCCAAGCAAUGAGCGUGGAGGAGCAGCUCCCCUGCUUUCCAUGAGAAGCCUUAGUAGAAAAGGUGCCGUGAAGCUCACCUUGCCACUCGCUCCCUGGUGCUGGGGCUGUACGUGGUCAUUCCCAACGCCACCUGCCAACAACCCAGAGAGCCCAGAGUCCAUCUGUCCUUGGCUCCAGGCCUUCCCUUUGGCAUUAGGAAAGGAGGUCUGAGGUAAGAGCUUUGAUGUCACCAGGGAAUCUUCCUUGUUAGCAGGGCCAUCCUUCUGGAGCUUGUUGGGGCCUCAUGCAGCGUCCUUUGGAGCCAAAUGAAUGAUUCGUGUUGACUUCCAAGGGCCACUGGAUGUGUUCCUGCAAGAUCACGUUCUGCUGACAUAACAGCUCUGUUACACCUGAGGAUCUGGUUGGUCAAGUUCUUCAGGAAUGGUCUAAAAAUACUGUAAAAAUAUAAAUAUAUUUAAUUACAUGUACUGAAAAAACAAAUCCUAUUUGCUGUGGUCAGAGUUCAGAUUACUAUGUGAAUUUUGAUUUCUUAGUCAUACUUGCAUAUAUAUUGCUUUAACUAUUAUGUAUGAAAGAGGAAGUGAUUCUAAAGUGUGUGAAAGAUCAGGAUUACACCUGUUUUUUAAUGGUUAUAUUAUUUAGGAAUGGAUGUCAGCAAAUUUAACUCCAUAUUAAUGCAGUUUUUUUGCAUUAGAAUAUGUGUGUAUAUCAUACACCCACAUUUUAUAUAUAAUAUAUUAUAUAUUUGGUACUAACUUUGUAUUUUCCUUGAAAUUUUGCCAAAUCUUGAACACGGAUGUUCUCACUUGUAAGACUUUGGUACUUAAUAACUGAAUGUAUAAGAAAUGCUCUGGUAUGAAAGGAAAAGUGUGUUGUAUGAUGUCCCACGAUACAGAUGUCUCAACCAGCAGGCACCUUGCCUUUUUCACAUCUCGCUUCAUUGCAGCGUCACCUUUCGUCUCCUGAAAAACAGUGUGUUGUUUUGUUUUUUUUUUUUUUAACUAAACUGCAGACCUGCCAUUGCAGUGCAGCCAAAUACCGCUCUAGCAUGAAAGCUGACUGGUAGUAGUAAAAAUACAAUAGUCACCAGUGUGCCACAAAUGCAUUUAUUAAAUGCAGAAAUAGACAUUUCUACAAAGGCCAAAAUCUUAUGUUGUAUGUUCCUUUCUUGUCAUUACAUUGUAUGAUAUUGUAAGAUUAUUGUAUGUCCUAAUUUGCAUUAUAAAAUGUUUUUUCCUACUUAAAGGCAUAAAUAUAGCAACUUUGUAUAAAGGUAGGUUUCUAGAUUUUUAUUUCUUUUAUAUAAAAAAGUCUAAACAGUGGGAGUACCAUUGCCAAAUUGUUUAUAAAAUUUCAAUUAAUUUGCCCUGUUCAAUGAACUUGUUUUUACAAACAUUCCAUAUUUCUUUUAUGAGAAAAGUGAUAUUAUACUAUGCAGAAAAAGUGUAUUUUUAUGCCAUUCCACAUUAAUCUUAAAUCUAAUUUCACUUGUUUUAAGCUAUCAUUAUGGAGAAAGCUUAUCAAAAGCGCAUUUUUAAAAAAUGUAUUAUGUAUUAUGACAACAUUUUUCCCCUUUACCAGUGCCAACUUCAUCUGGAAAAAAAAAUAAAAAUUGUAGCAUGGCAAUAAACUAUUGAUUUUACAUUGAAAA